UGGGAAGGGAAACAGGAUAUUCUCACUUACCCAUCCCACAUAUGCCAAAGCAGCCAAACUUCAUCAACCCCCCCAAACCCAACAUCUCCAUCUCGAACUACCAAAAACAUCGAAACUCUUUCCGUGUCCGCCAUACAAAAAAUUAAAGCCAUUGGUAUUUAAUGUACCAAGAAGGCAAGAAGUAACAGCAACAAACAAGAAAAAAAAAUAAAAAAAACAGAGGCCCCCCAAUGACGGAUUGUAAGUUAUGGAUCCCUCUGACCACUUUCUUGAUCAUAACAAUGCUGGUUGUAACUGAAGCUCGCAUACCCACUACUUUGGAAGGCCCAUUUAAGCCAGUGACUCAACGCUUAGAUCCUUCUUUGCGUAGAGGCAGCGAUGACUUGCCAAUGAAUGAUCCAAGACUCAAGAAGAAUGUCACCUCGAACUUCCCAGAACAGAUAGCUCUUGCAAUUUCUUCCGCAACUUCAAUGUGGGUUUCCUGGAUAACUGGGGAUGCUAAGGUUGGUUCAAAUUUGACCGAGCUUGAUACUUCGUCGGUCGCGAGCGAGGUCUGGUAUGGGAAAAAAAGUGGCAAGUAUACUAGCGUAGCGAAAGGGGUUUCCACCGUUUACAGUCAAUUGUACCCAUUUAAAGGCCUCUUGAAUUACACUUCUGGUAUCAUUCACCAUGUGAGGCUUAAAGGUCUUAAACCAAAAACAAAAUAUUACUUUAAAUGUGGGGAUAGCUCUAUUCCAGCUAUGAGUGAAGAGCAUGUCUUUGAAACUUUUCCAGUGCCUAGCCCAAAAAGUUAUCCCAGUCGGAUAGCAGUUAUUGGAGAUUUGGGUCUCACAAAAAAUUCUACCACAACAAUUGAUCAUUUGAUUCAGAACGAUCCUUCAAUGAUUUUAAUGGUUGGAGACCUAACUUAUGCAAAUCAAUACCGUACAACUGGUGGAAAAGGAGCUAAAUGCUUCUCAUGUGCAUUUCCUGAUGCACCUAUCAGAGAGACGUAUCAACCCCGUUGGGAUGGGUGGGGAAGAUUCAUGGAGAAGUUAACCUCAAGAGUUCCUAUGAUGGUCAUUGAAGGCAACCAUGAGAUUGAGCCUCAAGCUGCUGGGGUCACAUUCAAAUCAUAUAUAACGCGAUUUGCAGUUCCCUCAGUGGAGAGUGGCUCUAAGAGUAAUUUCUACUACUCUUUUGACGCUGGAGGAGUACAUUUUAUCAUGUUGGGAGCAUACGUUGACUACAAUAGUACUGGUGCUCAAUAUGCUUGGCUAAAGAAAGAUCUACAAUGCAUAGACCGCACAGUAACCCCCUGGCUGGUAGCUGCAUGGCAUCCACCUUGGUAUAACAGCUAUUCUUCACAUUAUCAGGAAUUUGAAUGCAUGAGACAGGAAAUGGAAGCAAUUCUGUAUCAGUAUGGCGUCGAUAUUGUUUUUUCUGGUCACGUGCAUGCUUAUGAGCGGAUGAAUAGAGUUUAUAACUAUAAAUUAGAUGCAUGUGGACCUGUCUACUUAACAGUUGGAGAUGGUGGAAAUAUUGAGGAAGUUGAUGUCGAUUUUGCAGAUGACCCUGGAAAGUGCCCUUCAGCUGCAGACAACAUACCAGAGUUUGGAGGUACAUGUCAUUUAAAUUUUUCAUCUGGUCCUGCUAAAGGCCAGUUUUGUUGGAACAAACAACCAGAGUGGAGUGCUUACAGAGAAAGCAGCUUUGGGCAUGGAAUACUUGAGGUUGUGAAUUCUACUUACGCCUUAUGGACUUGGCAUAGGAAUCAAGACCUAUAUAAGGAAAAUAGUCAUGGCGAUCAAAUAUACAUUGUGCGGCAACCUGAAUUGUGCUCUACACUUAUAAAACCCUCUCUUCUGCUUUCUCCGGCUCCCCUCCCUCCUCUAUCAGUUUCUACUGCUUGUGGCCACCACCACUCUCAAUUUAUCUUUCUCUUCUCACCACUAUUAGGGGCUCUAUCUCUGUUUGCCACUCUCAGGCAUUCUCUAUCUCUCUGCUUAAUGGGGGCAUUAGGCGUUCUCUUGGUUCAAUCAUCGGCUCUGCUGCUGCCCCCCUCCUAUAUACUUUCUACUGGAGCUAUUAAUUUCCUGCUUAAACUAUUUAGUAAUUGUUUGGUUAAUUGAUGCAAAGCUAUCUCAAAAUUGUUUGGAUUUUUCAUUCGAUUUUCACUGCGUUUGGGAAUGCUUAUUUUUCCAAUUUAAGUAUGAAAGCGUUUAUCCA